UCCAGAUAGAGCUUGAAAUUUUGUAAUAUUCUGCGUUCUCAACAUUCUUGUGCUUAUCAGCAUUUUCUGAUGAUAAGGUAACGCAUUCUACGCAUGGUUUCAUUUCGUAAGUUAAAAGUUAGUUAAAAUACACGAGUGAUAGUGGUUUUACUAUGAAAAGGAUGUCUACAACAGCAACUCCCGAAGAGUAUCAGGAAGCGAUGGCUAAAGUGACGUUGGUGGAACGUAAUCCGUGUCCAAAUGGAACACAAAUCGUCAGCCUUUACCGAAGCGGCCGCCGCGAAGCUGAAGACAUAGUCGCACUGGCGAGGGAAAUUCAAUCGGCUGAGAUUCAAGUCAAGAAUAAUGCCUGUGCGAAGCUGUUGGUCAUUGCGGAACAGGUGAAAUUCCUUCAGGAACAAGCGCGCAAGAUUUUGGAAGAGACACAGUCAGCACAGGAUUUGCACAAUGCGGCUUGUAAUUUUAAGAAAAUUCCCGGACACGUGUACCAUCUGUACAAGCGGGACUCUGGCCAGACAUACUUCAGUAUGUUAUCGCCGGAGGAGUGGGGACCGAACGGAUGCGUCCAUUCGUAUCAAGGUAGCUAUCGUUUGGAGCACGACCAAACGUGGACAGCAACUGAAAAGCUGCAGGAAGUGAGUAACCAACUCAAGUGGGCGAGGAACCUGCUGGAUUCGUCUGGGACCAAACGAGCAAAUUUAUUGGCACUAGAAAGUUCUGAUAUGGAAGCUAUGGAAACGUUGAAGCUCGAGUUGAAGUAAUUUUGCGAUGCAACAGCCAUUCCAAUACGCAUGGUGUGGCCCCUGUUGAUGUGAAAAUUUUAUGUUAUCAUACGACGGCUCCAAACUCAGACAUGUCUAAAUGCAGCACAAAACUGAGAU